AUGGCAACAUAAAGUUCCAAAUAUAAACUGAAAAAGUAUUAAAAUAUAUAUAUAUACAGCUAAACUAAAAAACCAAGCAAUUUCUAAAAUCUAGAUUUGGCUAUCAGUUAUUAAUUUAACAACAUUAGUUAAACCAAUAAAAAAGUAAUUAAAUGCAGAUGUUGA